GGGGGAGAGAGGUGCGCCCAGCAGGCGAGGGAGGCGGGGGGAGGUGUGGCGAGUUGAGCCGGGGCGGAGGAGGGGGGGCGCUAGGUAGCUGAGAAGUUGGAGUCAAUGAGAGGAAGGCGAUGAUGAGGAGCAAAGGAAGCGCAUAGGGAGAGCGCAGAGUAGGAGCUGGGGCAGAUCAAAAGGCAGAAACGUAAACACAGUAUGUGCGGGGCGGGGGACUGGCAGAGCAAACUGAGCAAAGAAUAAUAUUGUCGCACAGCCGUUUGGGGACAGCGGAGGGGCGGCUGCCGGUGUGUCGGAUCCCAAUGGAAACUCCUCAGCCAGAGUAGCACCCAUCCCGCCCUGCGCAUCCUCCAGGAACCCGGAACGUUUAUGAACAUUUGACCCCACGAGCAAACCACACCCGACUCAUUGGAAAUUACAGACCAUGACUGAGGAGAUGGAGCGUCCCAGGAGCGGCCUCAGCGUGGCGAGCAGCGUAGCCACAAACGCCUCUGUCAGUCAGGGCUCCAGGCCAUCGACCAGGUCUGUGAAGAGAGUACAUACGUUUGGCAAGAGAGAAUAUUCUAUAAAGAGGGACCCCAACUCGCCCGUUGUGAUUCGCGGCUGGCUGUAUAAACAGGACAGUUCUGGCUUGCGUCUCUGGAAGAGAAGAUGGUUUGUGCUGUCAGAUUUCUGCUUAUUCUAUUAUAGAGACAGCCGAGAGGAAAUAGUGUUGGGCAGCAUCCUUUUGCCAAGCUACCAAAUCUUACCUGCCAACCCUCGAGAGGUGAAGAACCGGAGGUUCAGCUUUAAGGCAGAGCAUCCUGGUAUGCGGACCUAUUACUUUGGAGCUGACACACACGAAGAUAUGAAUUCCUGGAUACGGGCAAUGAACCAGUCUUCCCUGGUGGUUUCCGAGGACAGAAACAAGAAUAGCCAAGUUCAAAACCUGUCAAAUUCUACCCAAGAAGACCUGUAUGCCAGCUAUGAGGACCUCUCACACUCCGGGAUCAGUGCUGCGGGCGAGCAUGCCAAAAGUGCCGAAUCCCUUGAAAUCGCCCACCUCUCUGAAACCAGGUCUCAAGAUGAGAGUUCAAGGGAAAGUCUCCCAGAACAGGAGCGCAAUGGAGACUUUGAUAAGGACAGCUUGUUCAGUGGGCUGAAAGAAUCCCUAUCUGACGCUAUCCAGCAUUUUACAACAUUAUCCCAAAAUGGGUCGGUUCCACCCCCCACCCCUGAAAAUGGUGUGAAGGGCACUGAUUUCCCAUACAGUAGGCUAGAACUGGAAAACCAAAGGUCUUUGGAGAGAAAAGACUCUAUUCCCGAGGAUGAAGAGUGGGUUCCUUUUCACAAGGAUGAGCUUUCCAUAAAGGAACCAUUAGAGUCUUACUCUUCCAGAAGUCCACCCAGAGUUCCACCUAAGGGGUUUGAAUGUCCUCAUGAUGUGUAUUCCUCUCCGCUCUCUCGUUCUGCCCCUUCAUCCCCUGCAGUCCUUCCUGGACAUAUGUACAUUUCUGAAGCUGGAGAGAGGAACGCUAGAGAUGGAAAAUAUGUGACACAGAGUGAGCCUCCUGAAUCCCCUCAAAUUCGUCUCCAGUCUCCUAUCUCUUCUUGUUCUCCGCCAAGAGUCACAACUUGUCCAUCACCUGAAAUUAGAGAAUUUGUAAUUCAGCGACUAGUAAAACCCUCAAGGUCUUUUUCUCUUCCACCAACUCCCUCUGAACUUCCUAGACACAGAAUGUCCAAAAUGAGUCCUCCACCCAGCGUCAAGUAUGGAGGUCCAUUCAUCUGUGAGAAAUCUAUGCAAUAUUCCGACACAUCUCAUGCUAGCCCUGGACCACCAGUAGGAAGCCCUACAAGAAAAGAUAUACUCUAUAAUGCAGGUCGGAGUCCUAAAAGUCAGCCUAAUUCAUCUCAAGCAGCUUCCAAUGAAGACCUAGCUGUGAGUGCUUCUCCUUCACUAGGCAGGACAACUGUCCGAUCCAACACUCCUAUUGGGCGUGUGGACAUGGUCCCUGCAGAAGAUAAGGCUGGAAAUUUCAUACAUAGCCCUAGACACAUUGAAGACAGAGCAGGAGAGUAUUUUGUGACCAGUUCUAGGACUAGAGGCCAUAUGAUGAAAUCCUUAUCAAGACCCCAGACUCCAUCUGAUCGCUAUGAUGUUUUGCCUACUGAAGAGCGUUACUCUUCAUCUACCAUAGCAAAGGGCCCUAACAGAUACAGUAGGCGGACUCAGCCUUUGGGUGCUGAAGAUGAAAGGCUGGUAGAUGGAUGCGGGAUGCCCAUCCCUCAGAGAACUCAUGCUUACCCCAAUAGCAGGAUGCAGAUGAGACCCAGCACUCCAGCUGAGAGAGUUAUAGUGGAGGAGUGUCCUUCAGAGUUAUCAUUAACACCAUCUCUCAGAAGACACGGGAGCCAAGUGACAAGGCAGUACUCGGAGAGACCUCUGCUUCCCCAAGGGACAUUUUCUGGGCGAGCUGUGGGCUCUGCACCAAGGCAAUUGCAGAAAAUGGGGUCCAGCAGUUACUCGCAGUUACCUCCGCUGCCUCCCGUCGCUGGCAGGCCAGGACCUCACGUGCCGGCUGGGAAGAGGAUGUCCCUUAGUGCGAUGCCGUCUGGCUCGGCACCGUAUCGGGAGCGGGUUCCUUACCAAGUGCGCCUGGCAGAGAAUAACAUUGAUGUUCUUCUGACGAAGCUCUGCGGUCAGGAUAAGCUGCUUGUCAGUCUGGAAGAUGAAACUGCGCAUCUCCGAGCAGAAAAGGAGAAACUGGAGGACGCCCUCCAAGCAACACACCACCACCUGGAGGAGUUCCAGGGUCAGGACCACGUGAUCGAGAACAUUUGGUACCAGCAGAGGCUGCUGCAGGAUGACCUUGUGUACGUGCGUGCGAGGCUGUGUGACCUCACCCUUGAGCGUGAGAGGGCGUGGGAAGAAUACAGAGGACUUGACAAUGAGCUGCUCACUGUGAGGGAAACGUUGGACCGCGUCGGGCAGAUUGGACACCCCCAGGACCAGCUGGCUGCUCAGCGAGACCUUUGGAUGAUUAAUGAUAUCAUUUCUGGGCUCCGAUUCAACAAAAGCACCAUUCAUGUUCUCCCCGAAUCCUCAAGGCACCCUGGAAUGAUGAUUGCGUCGUCUCCUGUUAGCGAGACCCAGCCGGCCUAUCAGAGGAGCUUUCUCCAUCAUUCAGGCUUGCAUCCAGCUGCUCCAAGAGAUGCUCAAAAAGAUUCUGAGGCUGUUCCACCGAGACCUCCACUCCCUCGGGAUCAUCACUCCGCUGCCAGCACUGACAUGGAUGGAAAGAACAGAGGGGGCAGCACAGAACAGAAUGAGCAAGAGCUGCCAAUGGAGCGCCUUACAGAUUCUGCCCCAUCAGCCAAAGCAGGACAGCAACCAGCAAGUACCCCCGGAGAUGUGGCAAUUAGAAGGGAUGUGGGAAGUGAUCCAAAGCCACAGAGCUCUUGUCCAGUUGCCAUCCCUACCGGCCCCAAAGUGAUCUCCGAGGCAAAGGUGUCGCCUCCUUGCCUGGCAGAAGUGGGCACAGUGAGAAAGCAGCGAAUGAGUGCGGAGGAGCAGAUGGAACGUAUGAGGAGGCAUCAGGAAGCCCAGAUCCAUGAGCGACCCAAGCCUGGCGUUACCACCCAGCGACAAAAUUCCCAGAGGGGCAACACCCCUGUUAUCAGCCGGCUAAGAUCAGCCUCCUCUGGUACCAUCUCCUCUGGUACCAUAUCUCCUGGACCAAACUCUCCACAAGUGGACAGUGCCUGCCCAGAGCAAAGAAGGCCGGCGCUGGUCAAGGUAACGGCAUCCUUUUACCCAAGUACCACCUCUACCCCACAACCUGGGAAAGGGGGGAGUAUAAAACCAAAGGCUGCCAGUAACAAGGUGCAGGAAAACCAGGCGGUUGGCUACUACACCACGGAUGAUCCGACAUACAGUUUGGUGAUGGAGCCCCAAUCCGAAAGUAUCGUGUCCACGACUUGUCAUGAGAUCUCCCCAAUGGCAAAGAUGACUCCCCCACUGAGGACUAGCAGUAAGAUAGUGACUGCAGCCUGCAAGCAAGCGAAAUGGGAGCCCCAAGGGGACAAGGAGCAAAGACUCAACCAGGCUACACCCAGCCCUGAGAGAAAGCCUGAUUCCGUGCCUGAGCUCCUAGAAGUUAAAAAGAAGGCAGUGGAAAGAGCUAAAACAGCAACGACAAAGACCAGCCCUGCCACGUCCCCUGGUUGCAGCAGACACUCGGAUGACGAUUACAAAAUGGCCAAUUCCGGGCAGAGGGAACGCAUUAUCAGCCUUUCCUACACACUGGCCAGCGAGGCCUCAGAACUCAGCAAAAUGAUGACGGCCAAAACAUUAGCCGAUGAAAUGGAUGCAAACAGCGACGUCUCCACAUCCGACGAGGCAUAUCCCUGGGAUUUCAUUAUGCAGGAUUCCCGCUCCAGCAAACACCCAGAAACGAGUGAGCGCUGCCAGCUCAAAGGCCCCCCCGAUGCACCCCAAGGGGAGGACAGGAAUGCCAAUGUGGCAGAAAACUGCCAGACUUAUUGCUCAACAAACCAAUGCUCAUCCGGCGGUCCCUGCAGCCCUCAGCUACAGCACCGCGACUCCCCCAAGGGCCACACAGACAAUCAGCACUAUGAGAACUGGCCGGCACCGAGAGAAAAAGGAAGCACGGAUAACUGCCCGAAAAUCCCACAGGACUCCACAGUGUUGUCCAAAUGCAACGGCCAAGUGGCCAACUACGAGUUCCUCAUACAGGACCUGCAUUAUAACCCGCUGAAUAUCAGCAAGGUGACAGACUAUUGUAAGGAAGAUAGGGAGCCAAUCAGGAUCACCCUUCUUCAGUCCAGCUUCUAGGAGCAAUAUAAGGACUCUAUGGACCGAGCUAUGUCUGCUGUAGGCAGAUCGGGCCAGGAACACUGCUUCCAGUAUGAGCCUGAAUGUGGUAAAGAGAAAGUUUUAAUGAAGAAGAAGAAAGGGGGAGGUGUUGUAUAGAAAGUCAGAGAAUGUAAAUAAUGUGAAUAGAGAGGUAUGGUUAGGUGGGAUUCCGAAGGACUGUAAAAAUGUUAAUAAAGAACUCCGUAUGGAAGUGUGCACAUUGGGCUGAAUAGGGCUAGCCACACUCUGCCUCAGUACUUGCCCUGGUGUUCUCACUGAGGCCGGGGGGGCAGAGAAUGUGGCUCCCCAUAGCCUAACGGAAGGGAAAAGUAUGUGAAUAUAUUGUAAAGAUCGGUCUAAUGAAGAAGUAGCACUUGCAAAGUGUUCCACUAUAUAUAAAUAAUCACCGCUAAUGCCAACCUGGGCUCUGUGCUAGCCACUAAAGCCUCCAGGGGGUCCGUGUCUCGCUAGCCACUAAAGCCUCCAGGGGGUCCGUGUCUCGCUAGCCACUAAAGCCUCCAGGGGGUCCGUGUCUCGCUAGCCACUGAAGCCUCCAGGGGGUCCGUGUCUCGCUAGCCACUGAAGCCUCCAGGGGGUCCGUGUCUCGCUAGCCACUAAAGCCUCCAGGGGGUCCGUGUCUCGCUAGCCACUAAAGCCUCCAGGGGGUCCGUGUCUCGCUAGCCACUAAAGCCUCCAGGGGGUCCGUGUCUCGCUAGCCACUAAAGCCUCCAGGGGGUCCGUGUCUCGCUAGCCACUAAAGCCUCCAGGGGGUCCGUGUCUCGCUAGCCACUAAAGCCUCCAGGGGGUCCGUGUCUCGCUAGCCACUAAAGCCUCCAGGGGGUCCGUGUCUCGCUAGCCACUAAAGCCUCCAGCGGGUCAGUCUCUCGCUAGCCACUAAAGGCUUACAGUGGGUCAGUCUCUCGCUAGCCACUAAAGGCUUACAGUGGGUCAGUCUCUCGCUAGCCACUAAAGCCUCCAGCGGGUCCGUGUCUCGCUAGCCACUAAAGCCUCCAGCGGGUCCAUCUCUCCACCCGCAGUGUUUUGUUUUUAAACUGGUGCCAGAAACCGUUGCUCCAUAUUGCGGCACUAGUUACAGUUGCACUAUAUAUAGUUCUACCAGAGUUUAUAUAGAAGUGUGUGGAACGUGUAUCUGUUGGUUACAGAGCAACAUGGCUGUUUCAGAACUCCCAGGAUCCCCUGCUAGGUCUGUCAGAUCAUGUGAUACAUCUCCUUAAAGUUAUUCUGUUUUACCAAAAAUCUGCCGCGCUCAGCCAACCGCAGUAUAGAGUUGGUAGGAAUGGGCAUUUUUGUUUAUAUGGAGCCCAGCUCCCCACCUAUCCCCAUAUACAGUAUCAGUGUGUAGUUCUGCAAUGCAGGAACCAACGCGGGGAGUUUUGCUUUAAGCAGCACAACCUUUUAGACUAUCAUUAUUUUACUUUGCAUUUUAUUGCAGUGCCUUGGCAUUUUUAGCUCUUUUGUAAAGGGCCCGUUUUUAAUUCUCAGUCACAGGACAUUAUACGUGUGCCCCUAGGGCUGCCUCUUAUUAUCCUGGAACGGGGGAGUGCUUUCACUACAACUCCCACAAUCCUCAGCCAGUAGCACUGUUGCUAUGAUUGCUGACCUACCCCUGAUAUUAGGUUUGUUGUAUGACAUUAUGGGGUUUUAUUUCUUUAACCUGGAAACCAAGUAGUAAGAGGGAUUGCUGUCUCCUUGUGUAAUAAUAAUAAUAAUGUAUAUCCUGUAACUGUCUUGUACCAAACUCGGCCAAUAACCUGUAGCCAAAUUCUGUUUUUAUAAUCACUGUGCGGGCCUGCUAACCAGUUUUCCCUUUUUUAAUUUGGAUUUUUUUUUUUUGUUUUUUUACAUUUUUUGUAAAGUAGACUGUUAGAAUAAUGUAACAUACAGGAAUGUGUCCUAAGCUUUCUGCUCACUUGCGUUAUCUAUGCAAAACUGUAUGAUGCAAAUAAAGCAAGAAAGUCUCA